AUGGUCGUUACGACAGCACUUAGAAAUAUCAAAGACACAGGGUACCCGCUGCGGCAUCAAAUGUGGGAUCUUAUGACUAUCAAAACUUGGCAAUUGGGUUUGAGUGAUGCUGCUAUGAUCAUCAGUACAGCGUUGGCAGUGCCAUUCCAGCAAUUGAUGCAGAAGACCACCGGCUGGAUGAGAUGGACCAGGGCAGUCUUCUUUACCCUCCACACUCUUGUCAUUCUGAUGAAGAUGCAUUCUUAUGCCUUUUACAAUGGCCACUUGAGCAACACGCAACAGAGGCUCCGCGCCCUCGACAAGCCCGUGAAACAUUCGCGGGCUGCCGCUGUUCGAUAUCCAAGCUUCACAACCGAUUUCAAGGAACUCGAAGCACUUGCAGAGCAGGAGCAGUCGAACAAGGAAGUAGCAGACUUAUCUCAACUACGAAAUGAUCUUGCGACCGAGCUCAUCUCACCUCUUGGUGCUGUCACCUAUCCUACAAAUCUGACAAUUGCAAACUACACCGACUAUCUGCUCUGCCCAACCCUAUGCUACGAGCUCGAAUAUCCCCGGACGUUGAAGGUCAAUUGGGCCGAGCUCUUUUGGAAAACCCUAGCUGUAUUUGGCUGCAUUUUUCUCCUCAUGCUGACGAGUGAAGAAUUCAUUGUCCCCGUACUUCACAACUCCGCCAUCCGCCUACAAGCCAUCGACAGCUGGUUUGAAUUUGGUCUCAUCUUGGCUGAGAGUAUUAGCGAGCUGCUCUUCCCAUUCAUGGUUACGUUUCUCUUGGUAUUCUUGGUCAUUUUCGAUGAUCGCUUUAGCUUGGCUUCCUCCCAGCUGCAGUCAUUCUACACUAGCCUGCCACCUGCUCUUCGCACACAGGUGGCAUCGGCCCUCAACAUUAUUCAGCGGGCCUUGCCCCACCAAGCACACCAGCAGCCACCAACAUUCUCUCAAAAGGCCUUGGAAUUGUACUCGAAAUCGACAACUUCUCAACUGGUCGCCAUUACUGCUACACUCGUUGUCGCCCUCUUCACUCUCAUGUCCUCCUACUGGCCCGGUGCCGGCCGCUACUCGCCCUUCACCUCGACCUAUGACCACCCGUUCCCGCCCCGAGUAACAUCAGACGAUUACAGCUACAUUGCUGGCGAUGAUGAUAAGGCAAGACACAAUAGCUAUGGCUUUCCUUCUAAUGCCACGUCGCAGCAUCACGAUAAACAUUACAGAGGCGGAAGCAGUGGUAGCGCGAUGAUGGAGGAGCCAAAAGGACUUGCUCCUGAUGUAAUCAUCCUAAAGUUCAGAGGCACACCUAUUCCGCUGCAUUUCAAGGCAUAUUCGAUUUCUGAAGGCGAUUUAAGAGUGAAAGAUCUACGACGAGCCGCUGCGAAAGAAUUGAAAGUGGAUGACCCAAGAAAACUAAAAUUACUCUACAAGGGAAAACAACUGAAGGACGACCGAGAAACAUGCAAAUACGAGAAUUUAAAACAGAAUAGUGAGGUCAUGUGUGUUCUUAGUCAUGACGGCGCAAGGAGUUCUGGGACUAGUGAUAGCGAUGGCAGCGACUCGGUCGCGACAAGCGGAGCUGUGAUAGAAGAUGACGAUCGGAGAGAGCGGAAGAAGCGCAAAAAUCACCGAGGUGGUAAGAGGAAGCCGCGACGCGCUGAUGAGGAUGAGCGGGAGCGUGAUAGGAAAGAUACUCUGGCCCCACCUGCACCUGCAGAGCAUCGUCCCUCGACAUCCAGGAACGCAAGCCCUGCACCACUGAGAGAACCAACAGACGCGGCGGGAAAGAUCGACUUCAUUGAAGCGAAUUUUGACCGUGUGCUGCUGCCACAGAUCAAUAAUUUCAUCCUACACCCGCCGGAAGAGAAGAAGGAUAGGGAUUAUGAGUACAAGAAGCUGAGCGAGACCACAUUGACACAGACGUUACUCAAAUUCGACGAAGUUGAGACGAUGGGCGACGAGCGAUUGAGGGCAAGGCGAAAAGAGUCGGUCAAGAGGAUACAAGAUAUACUGAAGACACUGGAUGCUGCAGGCCAACGAUGA